AUGGCGGAAGCGUUUUUCGGAGAGGCUUUUCGAGCAAGUGCUUCGUUCACUGGCGGAAAAUUUGUGAUAGCUAUCGGCACUGACAAUGUAGAAGUUGCCAAAGAAGUGUGCAGAACUGCCGGUAAAGUAGCAUUAGGUCUAGGCGCUCUGUAUGCUGGUUAUAAUUUGGUUAAGCAAUUAAUCGACAGCGCGUUCACAAGAAGUGUUGGUGGCGAUCGCGAUGAUCAGGACUCUCGCGACAUUCGACCAGGAAGUUUGCAUGUUGAGUUACAUUGUUUCACAGACGAAAGGUUUCUGGAAGUCUUGGCGGAUUACGAAUCAGGAAAAAUGAAGGAACGCUUGCAGGAUGAACUUUUACUGGUUGGAAUUAAAGUGGAAGGACUGAAGGUGAAGAUUGAAAACAUGGAGGAGGUGAAUGAAACGAAGAAAGCUAUCAACAAGAGAUCUUAUAAAGGCGAAGAUCUUCACAAGAUGAUGAGGAAUAUCGACGUUAAUGCAGUGGCGAACAAGGACGAAGACUACAAAUCAGCAUUAGAGUCGUAUCGUAACGCUCUUGAACGCAGAUUAAGACUAUAUGCAGAAAAUCAUCCUGCAACAGCUUACACUUGGUACCAUAUUGGAAUUAUGCAACAUGAAAUGACAGAUUACGAGUCAGCUUUGGAAUCCAAGCAAAAGGCUCUUGAAAUCAGGUUAAGUUUAUAUGGAGAAGAUCAUCCUGAAACAGCCGACAGUUAUUACAGCAUUGGAAUCACGCAACAUGAGAUGAAGGAUUACAAAUCAGCAUUACAUUCGAAUAAAAGAGCUCUUGAAAUCAGGUUAAGAUUACAUGGAGAAGAUCAUCCUGACACAGCUGACAGUUAUUACAGCAUUGGAAUCACGCAACAUGAGAUGAAAGAUUACAAAUCAGGAUUACGUUCGAAUAAGAAAGCUCUUGAAAUCAGAUUAAGAUUAUAUGGAGAAGAUCAUCCUUACACAACUGACAGUUAUUACAAUAUAGGGAUCACACAACACAAGAUGAAAGAUUACAAGUUAGCAAUAGAGUCUUAUCAAAAAGCACUUGAAACCAGGUUAAAAUUAUACGGAGAAGAUCAUCCUGACACAGCUGACAGUUAUUACAACAUUGGAAUCACACAACAUGCGAUGAAAGAUUACAAGUCAGCAUUAGAAUCGUAUCAAAAAGCUCUUGAAAUCAGGUUAAAAGUACACGGAGAAGAUCACCUCUUGACAGCUUCCAAUUAUCACACCAUUGGACUCAUACAGCAUGUCAUUAGAGAUUAUCAGUCAGCAUUAGUUUCAAAGCAAAAAGCUCUUGAAGUCAGAUUCAGACUAUAUGGAGAAGAUCGUUCUGACACAGCUGACAGUUAUUACAGCAUUGGCAUAACACAACAUGCUAUGAAAGAUUAUAAAUCAGCAUUAGAUUUGAAGAAAAAAGCUGUUGAAAUUAGAUUAAGACUAUACGGAAAUGAACAUCCUGAAACAGCUGACAGCUAUUACAGUGUUGGAAUCACACAACUUGCGAUGAAUGAUUACAAAUCAGCAUUAGAGUCGUAUCAAAAAGCUCUUGAAAUCAGAUUAUACGUCCAUGGAGAAAACCACCCCUUGACAGCUUCCAAUUAUCUCACCAUUGGAGUCAUUGAACAUUUGAGUAAAGAUUAUCAGUCAGCAUUAGAAUCGUAUGAAAAAGCUCUUGAAAUCAGACUAAGACUAUACGGAGAAGAUCAUCCUGCAACAGCUGACAGUUAUUACAACAUUGGAAUCACACAACAUGAGAUGAAAGAUUACAACUCAGCAUUGGAAUCGAAUAAAAAAACCCUUAAGACCAGAUUGAAACAUUAUGGAGAAGACCAUCCUGAUACAGCUGACAGUUAUUACAGCAUUGGAAUCACGCAUCACGCAAUGAAAGAUUACAAAUCAGCAUUAGAAUCGUAUCAAAAAGCUCUUGAAAUCAGGUUAAAAGUACACGGAGAAGAUCACCCCUUGACAGCUUCCAAUUAUCACACCAUUGGACUCAUACAGCAUGUCAUUAGAGAUUAUCAGUCAGCAUUAGUUUCAAAGCAAAAAGCUCUUGAAAUCAGACUAAGAUUAUACGGAGAAGAUCAUUCUGACACAGCUGACAGUUAUUAUGGCAUCGGAAUCACACAACAUGCGAUGAAAGAUUAUAAAUCAGCAUUAGAUUUGAAGAAAAAAGCUGUUGAAAUUAGAUUAAGACUAUACGGAAAUGAACAUCCUGAAACAGCUGACAGCUAUUACAGUGUUGGAAUCACACAACUUGCGAUGAAUGAUUACAAAUCAGCAUUAGAGUCGUAUCAAAAAGCUCUUGAAAUCAGAUUAUACGUCCAUGGAGAAAACCACCCCUUGACAGCUUCCAAUUAUCUCACCAUUGGAGUCAUUGAACAUUUGAGUAAAGAUUAUCAGUCAGCAUUAGAAUCGUAUGAAAAAAUUCUUGAAAUCAGACUAAGACUAUACGGAGAAGAUCAUCCUGCAACAGCUGACAGUUAUUACAACAUUGGAAUCACACAACAUGAGAUGAAAGAUUACAACUCAGCAUUGGAAUCGAAUAAAAAAACUCUUAAGACCAGAUUGAAACAUUAUGGAGAAGACCAUCCUGAUACAGCUGACAGUUAUUACAGCAUUGGAAUCACGCAUCACGCAAUGAAAGAUUACAAAUCAGCAUUAGAGUCGUAUCGAAAAGCUCUUGAAACUAGAGUAGGAAUAUUUGGAGAAGACCAUCCUGACACAGCUGACAUUUACUACAACAUCGGAAUCACGCAACACGAGAUGAAAGAUUACAUAUCAGCAUCGCAUUCGAAUAAAAAAGCUCUUGAAAUCAGACUAAGAGUAUAUGGAGAUCAUACUGACACAGCUGACAGUUACUUUAACAAUGCAAUCACGCAAGAUGCGAUGAAAGGAUACAAAUUAGCAUUAGAGUCGUUCCAAAGAGCUCUUCAAAUUAGACAAACACUGUAUGGAGAAGCCCAUCCUAAGACAGCUGACUGUUAUAGUGGCAUUGGGGUCACGCAACAUAAGAUGAAAUAUUACGCGUCAGCAUUAGAGUCUCAUCAAAAAGCUCUAACAAUCAGAAUAAAAUUACAUGGAGAAAACCAUCUUCAAACUGCUGACAGUUAUCACAACAUUGGGGCCUCACACUAUGAGAUUAAAGAUUACCCAUUAGCCUUAGAGUCGCAUCAAAAAGCUCUGCAGAUUAGAUUGAAACUGUAUGGAGAGGUCCAUCCAGGGACGGCGGACAGUUUUUUAAAAUUGCAAUGA